AUGGCCUUGUUGAAGAGCGGCUGGUUGUGGAGGCAAAGUAAGUGUACAUCUCACUUUAUAUUAGUAAUACGCCACUUCAUUAUUUACAUUUGAAGAAAUGCUGCAAGACUUGUGGUCUGCCAAGGGUUAAUUGUUGUAGGAAAGGACUGCGUUGUCCUUCUUUGUAUAAACCUGUUAACGUGUUUGUGUUUAUCUCUUUAUGUAUAUUUAUUUCUUUAGUUUGAUCUCCCACAUAUAACCUCUGUAGGCUUCAUUAAUCUAUAAGAUUUUCAGUUAUGAGUUACUAAGAGAGUUACCCGUUCUGAUUGCUUGUAGUGUAACCUGACGGAAUUAGACCCUAGUACCAAAUCUAUUUUAUUUUUAAGGCUUUUCUUUUAUUCGUGAAAAGUAACACUGGCCCUCUCAUGCUUGUAUAUUCAAUGAGCAGUAGAGAGACUCUCUAUAAAUGGGACAACCCAAGCAUUCCGUCUCUUUACUAAGCUAAAGUUGCAUUAGGGCUCACUUGUUAAAGAUUAUGAGGGUGACGCCAUUUUAUUGUCUCCAUCGUAAUGUUUAAUUUUGGCGAGGAUACUUCCCUGAUAUGGGGUGAUUGGCAUCAUCCGCAGGCUCACUUUAAUUUGAUAGCCACCUUUAUGGGUGUGAUGAAAUGUUCUACGUUAUGACAUGUUUGUGGACCCAGGACAUACUUGAAAACAAGAGAAAUCUCAAUGUAUCCUUCCUGGUAAAAUAUUUCCAAUGUAUCCUCCCAGGGAUUACAUAUUCAGGAAGUUUGUCAUGAUGUCAGAGAGAGAGGAACUGGGAGCAGUCACACCUACCUCAUCCUGGAGUAGUCUGGACUCCCUGACCCCACUAAUAACCGAGUGUUUCCCUACAGAGAAUAACUGGAAUAAGUCUGGGUGGUUCAAUGACUUCACGUGUUGAUCUCACAAAAUGUUAAAUGUUUUCAUGCGCAUCCUGCAGGCUCCAUUUUGAGGCGCUGGAAGAAGCAUUGGUUUGAUCUGUGGAUGGACGGCAGUCUGGUUUAUUAUCCAGAUGAAGCACGUGGAACCUAUGAAGAGAGACUCCUAUUAAAGUUUCAUUGUACAAAUAUAAGGGCUGGUGCGGAGUGUGACGGUGAGUCUGAUGGUGGAUUGAUGGGUGAAGCCUGAGGAUUGAGAGUUGGAUGGAGUUAAAGGUGUUGAAGUGAUGGGUGGUGGAGUCAUGUGCGAAGUCUGCAAGAGGAGUGAUGGAUGGUGGAGUGAUAUGUGGUUGAGUGAUGGUUGGUCUGCAGGUAGAGUGCAGAGAUGGCUUGUGGUGAAGUGUGGGGGGCAAAAUGGGCACAUUGGGCAUUAGAUAAUUACCACCACCAAUUUUGGAGGGAAAAAAACUCAACCUUAAUAUUUCAUCUCCUGGGAUUUAUAUUAACUUCACAAUUUCAGGUCCAUUCCUUACAGUGGGAUAGUUCAUCCAACUCCAUACAUCAUUAUACUUGCAGAGAUGUAUAUAUCUAGGUGGGGUCUUUCUGAAGUACAUGUAGCUGUGUGUGACCCCCUUUCACACUGUUUUUCAGAUAUCCAGCUACCAGAAGGCGGUUCUCGGAAUGCUUUGGUGAUGUUACAGAUGCGAGAUCACAGGGUAUAUUUAUGUGCAGAGAGCGAGGACGAUGCGGUGUGAGUAUGUCCAUGGGUUUUAUUGGGGGGAGGUGGUUCUUCACUAAAAGAGAUAUUAUAAUGAAUUGAUAAACAAAUAGCUCAAUUGUGGCAAAAAUAGUCAAAUGUGACAACACCUGAAUCGGACAAUGUUUCUGAAUCUGGGCUACAAGUGACUACAUUUCUCUGUUCAGUUUUGAAUUCACUAUAAUUCAAUCUUUAUUGAAUAAAGUCUAUGUUACACGACAGAAUUGUUAUAUAACAAGGAGUUGUGUUGAGGGGUGACAGUUCUGAGCUGGGAUGGGUAAAGUAGGAUUAGUUAAAGAUCCGGACAAAUUUAAGAUAUGAAGAUUAAAUAAAUCUCUCUUCCUGGCAUCCACCCCUGGACACUGACCUUCAGAGACCUCUGACACUUUCAGACAGUACUUCUAGCCCAGGGCUUCCCAAACUUUUUGAGACUGACACACACGGCAAUGAGAGACAAACGUCAAAGACUUUCCUGCAUUACUUUCUUUUUACCUUCAUCCUUGGCUUAUGAAUGUCACAUUAACCUGACAUCUCACUCAAGAGAUGUGCAUAUUCCUAGCCAAUUGGACUUACUAGUAUUAAUUGACCAGUUUUAAUGAUGGUAUUUAUUAAAAUAACAAACUUUGAAGGAACUCAAACAUGUAUUCCUACAUCUGUAGCGUUCACCUCACCAGUAUGCAAUAAAAUAGGAAGAUUUACUUACCUUUCAGCCAACGUUGUGCCAGUGUCACAGUGGCAGGCUUGCCUCCAUGGCUGAGAUCAUCAGUCUUGCUCCCCAUAGAGAUGAAUCUCAGCCAAUCCAAUGCUUCCACAUAGGGAAGCUUCGGGAGGCUAGCGCGCAUUUACAGCAAAUAACCCUCUGCACCAAUCAGCACAUCCUCAUAGAGAUGCACUAAAUCAAUUAAUCUCUAUGGGGAGUAUUCAGCGUAUCCAUGCAGAGCAUGAAACACUGAACUUACAUCCUGCAAAGAAUGCAGAACCUCGUCCAGGAAGUCCCACUAGUGGCUCUCUGACUGACAGCUACUAGAGGUUGGAAAUGUAUUACAAAGAAAGCUGGGAAGGCAAGGUUAGUCAUUACUGAGCAGCUGUUCAGAACUACAACUACCAUGCUGCUUUGCUUGAAUAAAGGCUUGCUGUCCAUGCUGCCCCAAAACACCAACUGCUCACCUCAUCAUGUUCUCGCUUGCUGGAAAUGAACCUUGUAUCUUUAAAUCGGAUGGUGAGACGGAGGGGCCAUUAAUCUUGUAUUUCCCUGUAAAUGGCAGAUGUUAUGAGGUUUGUGUAAACUCUAUGACAUGUUGACAUGGGUGGAGCCUGAUAUAAAGUGGGUCAUUCGCUAAACCAGGAUUAUGGAAAAUUUACAAAAAUAGUAAAUUGUACAUCAAAAUAUCCAAAUUGGGAACAUUUCGCUCUGCAGCUAUUUUGGCCCAAACUUUCAAAUUCCCCUUGUCAGUGCUGUGCAGUUCCCCGUUAAUGAAAACACAGGAGAUUAAUUACAUGAAGGGACACUGUAGACACCCAGACCACUUCUGCUAAUUGAAGUAGUCUGGGUGCUGUGACCCUUUACACUUAGUGCUGCAAUGUAAACCAUUGCCGGUCCAGAGAACUGUAAUGUUUACAUUGCAGCUCUAAGUCUGCCCCCUGUGGAUGUCUACCAGACAGCCACUGGGGGUACUUCCGGAAUCCUAGCAGACUUUUGGUCCGUUAUCUGAUGCAGGAUGUCCUCAACGACGUCCAGCAUCAGAUUUUCCCCAUAGCAAAGCAUUGCAUUAGGUCGACGUCGGCGGGGGAGGCGCAUGGGCGGAGCCUGACCCAGCACCGAGGGACAUCGGUGCUGGAUUCGGGUAAGUGGCUGAAGGGGGUUUAACCUCUUAGGCCCACAGGAGGGGGGGGCAUGAGGGUGGGGGACACACACCUAUUAACCCCAUAGUGCCAGGAAAACGGCUUGGUUUUCCUGGCACUAUAGGAUCCCUUUAAUAGCACACAGUAUUUGAUAUUAUCAAUGUGUAUUCUACUGAGGGUUUGUCUGAUCUGUUUCAGGGCUUGGAAGAUGGCUCUGGAUGAUGCUAAAUACUACCCGGUAAGUGAUUUCUAUUACUCCUUUACGAUUAUAAUUACAAUUAUUAUUAUUAUUAUAGAUAUUUUUGCAAUUUUUUAUUUUUAUUGUAGUAUUUAGAGUGUCAUUACAUUUAAAACAAACAUUAGCAAUGACAUAAUGCGUUUUAAACACAGCUCUUGAAUACUAUAGUCUUCCAGGACAGUGUAAUCAAACCUCAUACUGUGAAAUAUUAAUAAAACAACUCUCCUGAAGCUAGGUCAAAUGCUGCUCAUGGGGUGGAGGGGGGGAUUAUGUGCUCCUGUAGAAGUAUCGGUACUUUGUCUACAGAGGCGAUGCUCCAUAUAAGUAAAAAGUACUAAAUAUACUCAGAAACUGAAAAAUUUAAAAUCGGUUCAACAGAAAUAGAACAGAUGGCAUAGAGUCCGGCCAAGUCAGGUAACGGCUGUAGAUAUUUUCAAAGCGGAUGAUGUUUUUUUGCCUGCCGGAUAAAAUGUGAAUGCUGCACACAUCCUAUUGUAGCUUGUAAGGUGUCGGACUGGUUGAUGCGGUGUCUGCGUUAGAUACAGAAAGUCCCAAAGCUGAAAUGAAAGCGUUGGCUCCCGUAGGGUCAGUGAGCUUCAAUUUAUUGCCUUUGUUUUGGACACUUCUACAGUUGGUGACGAUUGCCCUCUCCAAAACCAGUUUACAAUCUCCCUUACUGUGUGUAUGAAAUAUCUUGUAUGCAGUACACGUGUUACAUGCUCCAGACAUCCGUGGGUGAUGUCACAUGUUUACCGUUUUGAUGUUUACAUUACAUGACUGCCACUGUCCUACCUGCAGCACACACUAGGCAUGAAGACGUUGGUCCAACCCUGGUACUCCCAUUAAUUACUUUCCAUACGACAAAUUAGCAAUCGUUUAUGGCUCAUGUGGUGGUCAAAUAGUAUAGGCAUUUAAAAACCGGGUCAGGAUGCUUAAAAUUGAGGAUUUCAACCGAUGGAAUGCAUUCAGACAAGCUGACAUCUGGAUACAAUUCUGUAAAUAGUUAAAUAUUGACAAUAAUGUCUGGGUUUUGCAGUUCGAGUGGCCUGAACAGAGUUGGAUGGCUUCACCCCAUUUAACAUGAGGCCAUAUGGAAUGGACGUUAAUGAAUAGGUGUAGAUGUGUAGAACUGAAGAGGGAAUAGCCGAGUUAAGUCUUUUUGCAAUUGGAUAUUGUGAAAUUCUCUUGUUAAUUCUACGUUUGGUUUUGGGAAUGAAUCUUGGAGUGUUUGAAUUACAUGCUGUGUGUUUCAUGAUAAACCGAAAGCAGACAAUGAUUCAGGACGGUAAUAUCCUACUCAUUUGGUUACUAAAUAUGGCGUCCUGCUUUCUUAUACAAUUUCUCUUUUUCUUUCUUUAUUUUUUUUAAUUCAGUGUGAAUUUCGAUUCUUUAAACAUGCAUCCCUUUAUCCUCAGGUGUAUGUGUACGAUCCUUAUGAUGACAGUUACCAAACCGUACCUAUGCACGAUCACCACGCAGUUUAUACAGGUCACGGUUAUGGCCAUUAUGGCUACAGUAAGUUUAAAAAAAUAUAUAUAAUUUUUGGGUUGUGAAUGUAGAUUGUAGAUGUUUAAUGUUUUGCUUUGACAGUGAUUGGAUCCAUUUUCACUGCACAAAUAGAUCACUUGCUCAUAAUUCUAUCGUUACUGACAUUUCAUUUAUUAGAAAGAUAAAGGAAUGGCGGAUUUGCUGCCUCUCCCUUCUCUAUUUAUGUGGGUUUUUUUACCCUUUUUUUAAAAAAAAUUCCAAAAUCAGUUCAUUUCUACAUGUGGAGGCAGCUGCCAAAAUAUAAAAUGCAAUAAACUUUAAAAAAAAACACAAUUACCACCAGAAUGGCUGAGACAGAAUAUCGAAUAUACACAAAAAGCCGUGUUCAGUUAUUUUGCACUCAUUCGGUAUUUUAUUUUCCUUUGUGUUUAAAUGUGCUCGGCUAGUUGGAGGAAUACAGCACUCCCUCAUUAAAAGAGGAUUUGUGGAUCUAUAUUGAGCAUUGAACUCAUUAUGAAAGUGAUGCUUGUCACUGGCAAGUCUAACACUGCCAUCUACUGGUGAGAAAUGAUUAUUACAUGUAUAUAUUUUUUUAAAAUACAUUUUUUUUAUUCAACUUCUCCUGCAUAUCUCCUGCAAUUAUUAGCUUGGGGUGGUCUACCUCGGAAUUACCAUGAAAGGUUAUUUCCACAAAGCUCAGCUGGACAUGCAAAUUGUGAUUCAGACUUUAACCUGCACAUCUCAGGUGCCCUUGGCAAUGAGGCAUUUCUCUAAACACCGCUUUUUAAACCAAAGCACAAGUUGUGAUCAGACAGCUCGACAGGCAGAAGCAGGAGAAAGUCUGAGCAUGAUGCCUUUCUGUGCUCAUUUACAUAUCCAGCUGGGAAUUCUGGGAGAGCUGCAGAAACAUGCUUACUUGAGAAUAUGUAGAUGAUGCUGAACAGUAAAUCUUAAAUUUGUGCAUUUUUUAAAAUGAGCUUUUACUUUUAUUUUGUGAUUAUAUUGUGUUGUAUGUGGGAUGUAAAGAUAAAAGAUUUGUUUUGCUGUGCAAAACAUUGAUUCAAAUAACAGUAAGUGUUAUGGCAGAUACAUGUAUAUUAUUAGUAUAGUGUGAAAUUUAAAAAAACAGUCCCUUGUAGUGAUGUCACGAACUGUUCGCCGAACGGUUCGCCACGAACGGUUCGCCGCGGACUCAUCAUUGAGUAAACUUUGACCCAGUUCCUCACAGUCAGCAGACACAUUCCAGCCAAUCAGCAGCAGACCGUCCCUCCCAGACCCUCCCACCUCCUGGACAGCAUCCAUUGUGAAGCUGCAUUCUUAGUGAGCUGUCCAGGAGGUGGGAAGGUCUGGGAGGGAGGGUCUGCUGCUGAUUGUCUGGAACGUGUCUGCUGACUGUGAGGUACAGGGUCAAAGUUUACUCAAUGAUGAGUCCGUGGCGAACCGUUCACGAACCGUUCGGCGAACAGUUCGGGACAUCACUAGUCCCUUGCUUUAAAAGUUUGUUAUUGAACGAGACAAGCUCUGAACAUUUGAUAACAUUUCUCCAACUGACAUAUAUGGGAAAUUCCUAUUCAGUUGCCAGAGCUAUGCUUCCCUUUUUAUAUUACAAUGUUGCCCUAAGUGUGAAAAUCUUAUAUUGUGACCAUAAGUGUAGGCUGCACAGAAACGUCUCAGUUCUUCAGUAGAGUAACCCUGUGAUCUAGCUACAGCCAGUAAAGUAUAGCCCCCGAUUCUCCAAACCAGGCUCUGUAUAAGCUGACAGCAUCAAUAAUUGGGAUUUUAGGACUGGGUAGUAAAGAACAUGGCGGUAUGUGGUUUUACAAUGCCGAGUCCUGUAUUUACGACAAAUAACGCUCUGUCUUUGUUCAUUGUCUUGUCCCCAGUUCAUGGAAUGCCACCUGUCCUUGUCAGAGAGGAUCCCUACGAACGACGAUAUGGACAGCAGCUGGCCCUCGGAAUGCUUGCUGGGGCAGCCACAGGAUCUGCCAUGAGCGCCCUCAUGUGGCUGCCAUGUUGGUUUUAGGACCUUCCAGCAGAUGAGAGAUUUUUGCAGCUCUGGAAUGCUGUGGAUGGACAUUUUCUAUGUAUUAUGUAGCUGGGUUCAGUAUUUUCCCAUUCUUCUAUGUCUUGCCUGUAUGAAGUUAACUUUAAUUAUUGAUAGUCAGGGCUUGGCACAGCUUGGCACAGCUUGAUACAAUAACUAACCUAAUCAAUCACUUACACCACAUACACCAUACUGCACCUAAUGCAAUCAUCGCUCACUCACGUUCUAUCCACUUAUUAUCAGUUUCCCACAUAAUACCCAUCAUGUAUCCAUCUGUGGCCCUCUGCGUUAGUUGGGUCCGGCUGCAUUUUAUGUAACAUGUAAAUCCUGUUUGGAAAACCUGAAAAAAAUGAUAAGUUGCUGUUAAAUCCAAGCUGCUUUGAAACCAAAAUGUGCUUUUUAUACAACUUCUCCCAAAAAUAUCAACAGGUUUCAAAUUGUUUUGUGACAUUUUUAAUAUAUGGACAGUUUAUAGAUUUUUUUUUUGUUAACACUCUCCCCUGAGUGUCCUUUAAUUUCUAAUGUCUAUUGUCGGUACAUCUGCUGUAGAUACCCUCCAGGCUACAAAGGGUUAAUGUGAGUGUGUGCGUGCUCAUACGUGAGGGGAUCAGCAUUUAUAGUGAAGAAAUGGUUAUUGUGUAAGUGGAACACUCACUGAAGUGAAGUAGGGCAGUUGAGGUAAACACACACACUUACCUCUGGAGCAUCUUUAGAGCAGGCAUGCCAUUGACCCAUGAUGCAAAAUAAAUAUGAAAUGCUGAAUGAGCCAAUGUGUGCCCGGAUAUAUUAAUAUUAUACCUGUAUGCAUGCAUGGUUAUGAGGUUAAAUUAAUUUGCAUUGUAUGCUUUGGCUGUGCCAGGACAGGCAAGCUUAGAGUGUAAAAACUGAAGUGUCUUUUGAGCUAUGAAAGACCCAAAAGGCAUAAUGAGGUCCCUUUAAACAAUCAAAAGAAAUAAUUAAAAACAAUAACAGUUUAUUGAGUACAUUUAUAAAUACAGGGACUAUGCAAAAAGAAAAUGGAAAGAACCUAUAAAAAAAAAGCCAAUAAGGCUUUGUGGAUAAUAAAGCUUUCACAGCCCAAAAGACACUUCAGUUUUUUCAUUAUUGCCUAAUAGGGUUAACCCCUCUAGGUUCCUAUAACACACCACCAAGUCUAUUAAAAAACUGAAAAUGGUACAGAAUUUUAAAAAAAUAAAUAAAAAAGAUUAACCAAUAACGUUAAUUAGUGAUCAGAUGAUGAAAAUUUUUUUUAGAGGUGUCAUUUUCUUUAUUAAUCCUUAGACUCUGAUUAAACGGCUUCUUGCUGUUUGCAGACCCUAAACUGAAUCCUAGAGUGAAUCCCUACCCUGUUCUGCUGUUCUUAACUGAGCAGCUGGCUAACAGUGGACGUGUGUGGCCCCAGAGUGGUCUAUGUGUUGCGGUUUUGGUGUUUGUGUAUAUCCUGAAACUUCGUUCACGAUCUAAUACUAAUUUUGGUGUACAAUGCAAGUUUCUGUCAAGUCAUUUUGUAGAGUAGAAAUUAGUUUUAAACUGGACAUUUAAAUCACUAUUACCAAUACCAAUUCAAUCUAUGAUUGAUGCAGUCACUCUCCGUGAAUCUUGUACCAAAGGCUGACACUCUAUUCGGUACAUGAUGCACUUGAAGGCUGAUGCUGUAUUUGGGUUGGACAGCCAGUUGUGAUACACUGUGUACAAUAAAUUCUCAGUGCUUUGAAGAUAUUGUGUUUAUUUUAUGUUGUUUUUUUAUCUGUGUUAUUCUUUUAUGCAGUUCUUUGGGUAUAUGAAAGGAAGUCUUUUAUUUCUCAUCCCAUAAUGUGUUAUUAACAGAGGGAAUUCUAAGAUUCUUGUAAUUAGUAAUAAUGAUUAAUUUUAAAAAGGGUCAGUGUGUGAAUAUCGGGGUGUCAGUGUGUGAAUAUCAGGGUGUCAGUGUGUGAAUAUUUGGGCGUAGGUGUGUGGAGGGUCAAUGUGUGAAUAUAUUGGGGUGUAGGUGUGUGGAGGGUCAUUGUGUGAAUAUCGGGGUGUAGGUGUUUGGAGGGUCAGUGUGUGAAUAUUGGGAUGUAGGUGUGUGGAGGGUCAGUGUGUAAAUAUCGAGGUGUAGGUGUGUGGAGGGUCAGUGUGUGAAUAUCGGGGUGUAGGUGUGUGGAGGGUCAGUGUGUAAAUAUCGGGGUGUAGGUGUGUGGAGGGUCAGUGUAUAAAUAUCGGGGUGUAGGUGUGUGGAGGGUCAGUGUGUGAAUAUCGGGGUGUAGGUGUGUGGAGGGUCAGUGUGUGAAUAUAUAGGGGUGUAGGUGUGUGGAGGGUCAGUGUGUGAAUAUAUAGGGGUGUAGGUGUGUGGAGGGUCAGUGUGUUAAUAUCGGGGUGUAGGUGUGUGGAGGGUCAGUGUGUGAAUAUAUAGGGGUGUAGGUGUGUGGAGGGUCAGUGUGUGAAUAUAUAGGGGUGUAGGUGUGUAUAGGAUCAGUGUGUAACUAUAUCGGGGUGUGGGUGUGUGGAGGGGUCAGUGUGCUAAUAUCGGGGUGUAGGUGUGUGGUGGGUUAUUGUGUGAAUAUCGGAGUGCAGCUGUAUGGAGGGUCAGUGUGUAAAUAAGGGCCAGGUGUGGUGUGUGGAGGGUCAGUGUGAAUAUCAGGAAGCCAGUGUGUAGGUCAGCUGUAAAUAUUCUGAGGGUAGGUGUGUGGAGGGUCAGUGUGUGAAUAUAUUGGGGUGUAGGUGUAUGGAGGGUCAGUGUGUAAAUAUCGCGGUGUAGGUGUGUGGAGGGUCAUUUUGUGAAUAUUUGGGUAAAGGUGUGUGGAGGGUCAGGGUGUAAAUAUUGGGGUGUAGGUGUGUGGAGGGUCAGUGUGUAAAUAUCGGGGUGUAGGUGUGUGGAGGGUCAGUGUGUAAAUAUCGGGGUGUAGGUGUGUGGAGGGUCAGGGUGUGAAUAUCGGGGUGUAGGUGUGUGGAGGGUCAGUGUGUGAAUAUAUAGGGGUGUAGGUGUGUAGGUCAGUGUGUAAUAUCGGGGUGUAGGUGUCGGAGUGUAGCUGUAUGGAGGGUCAGUGUGUGAAUAUAUCAGGGUGUAGGUGUGUGGAGGGUCAGUGUGUGAAUAUCAGGGUUUAGGUGUGUGGUGGGUCAUUGUGUGAAUAUAGGAGGGUAGGUGUGUGGAAGGUCAGUGUGUGAAUAUAUUGGGGUGUAGGUGUGUGGAGGGUCAGUGUGUAAAUAUCGCAGUGUAAGUGUGUGGAGGAUCAUUUUGUGAAUAUUGGGGUAAAGGUGUGUGGAGGGUCAUUGUGCGAAUAUCAGGGUGUAGGUGUGUGGAGGGUCAUUGUGUGAAUAUCGAGGUGUCGGUGUAUAGGGUCAUUGUAUGAAUAUCGCGGUGUAGGUGUGUGGUGGGUCAGUGUGUGAAUAUAUCGGGGUGUAGGAGUGUGGAGGGUCAUUGUGCGAAUAUCGGGGUGUAGGUGUGUGGUGGGUCAUUAUGUGAAUAUCGGAGUGUAGGUGUGUGGAGGGUCAGUGUGUGAAUAUUGGGGUGUAGGUGUGUGGAGGGUCAUUGUGUGGGGUGUAGGUGUGUGGAGGGUCAUUGUGUGGUGUAGGUGUGUGGAGGGUCAGUGUGUGAAUAUUGGGGUGUAGGUGUGGGGAGAGUCAUUGUGCGAAUAUCUGGGUGUAGGUGUGUGGAGGGUCAGUGUGUGAAUAUUGGGGUGUAGGUGUGGGGAGGGUCAUUGUGCGAUUAUCAGGGUGUAGGUGUGGGGAGGGUCAUUGUGCGAAUAUCAGGGUGUAGGUGUGUGGAGGGUCAUUUUAUGAAUAUCGGGGUGUAGGGUUUGUUCCCACAGCAUUGUCCACCUGGCGGCUCAACAACUGGGCCUUACGAAGCUCCCACUAUGGGAAGAACUCUCACAGCAACAGGUCUGGGGGUGAAAGGGCGUCUUACCUCGUCCGAAUUGCACUAUUAUCCUCAGCAACCUUCAUAUAUUGGCAGCCAGCCCCUCAGGCCCAGGAAUUGGCUAAUGCAGUGCCUUACAGUUACAAUACUGAGGCCCCGAGCCGGAGCAAUGGCUGAAGAUGGACUUGCCUCCAUGGGCUAACAGCCCACUUACCUUAAAUAGCUCCAGCUUCCUAACUGACAUCUCCUUACACAUGUUUGUAUAUUAAGAGCAAUGUUUGUAAAAUCCUUAUUUGUUAUGUUUGACUUAUAUUAUUAGUUUCUAGCCACCAGUGUUGUGUUGUUUUUUUCUCUUGACUACAUAGUAUACAGCAUUUAUUCUGUGCCAGUGGAUUUACC